GAUUAACCGCGGCUCGUUCAAGCGAUAUAAGCACGCGGAACGACUAUAGCCAUGGCACUAGUUAAGUGUUUCGAUGCCUGGAUGCUCAAGGCAGACCGGGCCCAGAUGCGCUGUUUGGCUGAUGUUUGUGCCUGCGGACUGCAAUGAUCAGCCGCCAGCUAGAUAGUCGACGUUCAACGAUAUCAGCCGUACCGACACACGUCCGGACAGAGACCGUCAAGUUUGGAGUCCUCAGACGUCCAGAGAGAUGGACAGGCCGGCUAGCAGACGGCGGCACAACUCGCAGCGGCGGCUUCAGCAGCAGCCCGAGGACGAGAGUGUCGUUGCUGCCGAUACCCUUAUUAUUCCUGUCCAACGUGAGGACGAGAAGAGACCGGCUGGGCCCUCGACAGGGAGCCAGACCGGGGAGACGAAGCCCGAGGAUCACAGGAGAUCGCUGUCAGGAUGCCCGUGGCUGCUCGUCGGCUUCGUCUGCUGCAUCUCGACUCUGCUCCUCGUCCUGGGGCUCGCUGCACGGUGGCAGCAAGGGGCCAUCCCAAACAUAUUUGAUAUUGGCAACCUCCGGCCCAGCUCUUCGCCAGCAUCUUCUUCCUCUUCUACAGCUGGGCCAUGGAGCUCUCGCCUUCACCCAGAGGACCAUCUCUUUCGUCCAGAAACCACGAUCACGCUCGAGUGGUCUGUCACCACGGGAUAUCGCCGCUUGGAUGGUGUCAAGAAGCGUGUCUAUCUCAUCAAUGGCUUGUUUCCUGGACCGACCAUUGAAGCACGCUCGGGAGACUCGCUGCAGGUCCAGGUCACCAACAAUAUCCAAGACGAGGGCCUCGUCAUUCACUGGCAUGGCUUGCACAUGAGAGGUGCGAAUCAUAUGGAUGGAGUGACGGGAGUUACUCAGUGCCCGAUAGUACCUGGGGAUUCCAUGUUAUACAACUUCACCAUCUCCCAGUCUCAGAGUGGCACAUUCUGGUACCAUGCACAUUCUGCUCUGCAACGAGCUGAAGGUCUGUAUGGCGGGUUCGUGGUACACAAACCAUCGACUCCCAGUAUGCGGAUAGCAAGGGAUCCGGCCAUACACGCAGAUGCUGUCAAAUAUCAGUACGAAAAAGAGCAUCUGCUGCUGAUAGGGGACUGGUAUCACCGUCCGGCAGAAGACGUGCUGAAGUGGUUUAAAUCCCUGGAAGCCAACGGCCAGGAGCCUGUCCCUGACUCAUUUCUUAUCAACGGUGCCGGGCGGUUCAAUUGCUCAAUGGCGCUGCCCACACGGCCUAUUGACUGCGUGGACGAGGGAUAUCCUACGCCGGAGCUUCUGCUUGAUUCCAGCACUUCGUACCGCAUGAGGGUUAUAAAUGUUGGCUCGCUGGCUGGUGUCAGUCUCGGUUUUGAGCAUGGUACUGUGACGCCCAUACAGGUCGACGGAGGAACGGAGGUUGAGUUACCGUCUGUCUCUCCGAACGCUCGCUCGAUGGGUAUUGUAUACCCUGGCCAGAGAACGGACUUUGUCUUGCGGAAUCCUUUGGGCGAAACAGGACAGUCUUCAAUCACAGUAGAGCUUGACCCAGAAUGCUUCAGUCUCCCGAAUCCGGCGCUCACCAGAGUCCAAACGUUUCCUAUCAGCGGCUCGGCGAAGAAGCCAUCUCAUCCGCUGUCUGACAACCCCAUUGGCGAGGCGGGAACGCAUGUUGACCUGACAGAGUUGACUUCCACGGCUUCUACAAUAUCACACAUACCCGCAAAGGCUGAUGAGACGUUCCUGGUCUAUACGUUACUUUCCAAAUUAUCGAGCAACAACUACGUCCCUUUUGCAUUCUUCAAUCACACUUCCUGGCGACCACAGGCAGACCCGCCUCUACCCCUGAUCUCGCUGCAACGCAAGGACUGGGACAAGAAUCAGUUCACAAUCAAGACCAGCAGCAGAGCCUCAUGGGUAGAUUUAAUCGUGAACAAUCUCGACGAAGGUCCCCAUCCGUUUCACAUUCACGGCCAUGACUUUUACGUGAUGUCUCUGCACGAGGCGGAUACAGGGAUGGGCUCGUACAAUCCGUGGGAUCCAAGUAACAAGGCGCCGGCGUACGAUCACUCCCAGGCUAUCCUUCGCGAUACAGUGCAUAUCCCUGCUCGGGGCCAUGCAGUGCUUAGGUUCCGGGCCGACAAUCCUGGAAUCUGGCUCUUCCACUGUCAUAUCCUGUGGCACCUUGCGAGUGGUAUGGCGAUGCUUGUCGAUGUCAUGGACAGUGCAUCCAGGCCGUUGCAUGGAAUUCUAAACCAAACGUGCAGGUAUCUAACCUGA